AUGCUCCCUGAGCACGCAGCCGGUCAAAGGAACGACGAGCCACGCAGUCCGACGUCGUCGAAUUAUGACACGGACGACGGCCGGCGGACCGAAUGGUCGUCGUGGGGCGGCGCCAUCCAGAGUGUGCCCGGCUUUCCCCUCAGCACGGACGUGCUGGAGGAUGCGCGCUCCGUCACUACGACGCGGCGCGCGCGCUCUGACGCCGGCGACGACUCUAUGAGCACGAUCAGCAUGCGGCCGAGUGCGGACCUGUGGAUCCGGCGCUUCCGUGGGGAGGGCCUCAGCCGCAAGUACUGGAUGGCCGACGAGACGGCGAAAGAGUGCCGCGACUGCCUCAUGCCCUUCACGUCGCUGCGCCGCAAGCACCACUGCCGCAUCUGCGGACAGAUCUUCUGCAGCCGCUGUGCGUCGAACCUCGUGCCUGGUGAGCGGUGGGGCCACAGCGGCACACUGCGUACCUGCGACCAGUGCAAGCACAUGCUCGAGGAGUACGACCGGCGGCAAAAAAUUGAUGCAGACGCGCGCGCAUCGAGUGCGCGUCCCCGUGCGCACUCCGUCUCCAGUGUGGUGGACGAAGCGCACGACGUGCCUGCGCCACGCUCUGAGUUCGCAGCGACGACGCUGUUCUCGCACGACUCGCACAUGCUUCCGCGGCGGCGCUCGUCGGCGAGCGAUGAGGCGGAGGGCGCUGGUAUGCAGCUGCACGAGCUCGAGGCGCUGGGCGACCUGUCGGCGGCUGAGCCGAUGGCCGUCGAGGAGGCGCCGUUCCGCUCCGGCCUCGAUGAGGGCGAGAACCAGGCGUCGGAGCUCGUUGCGCCUGAUGCGGCGAUGGUGACGCCCGAGGAGCCGCAGGACACGUCCGACGAGACGCGGGACGAAGCCGAGGCUGAGACGAGUGCGGCGGACGAUACACCGGACGACCCGAGCGUGUCGCCGCGCACCGCGAGUCCGGUCCGGCGGAGCACGGCGCGCCAGAAGCUGAUGCGUGGUGCAUCGCGCUUCGUCACGAGCACGGCACUGGGCGCCACGUCGCUCGUCUACUUUCUUCGCAUGCUGCACCAGCUGCUGCUCGCCGAGCAUGUGGGUGAGGUGCAGGCGUGGAAAGAGACGGUCAAGCUCCUUGCGCUCGCGGUGAUUGAGCGGAUCCACGUGCGGACACGGCACACGUACGUCACGGACAUCCGGCACUUUGUCAAGAUCAAAUGCUUCCCGGGCGGCCACAUUUCCGACUGUGAGUUUAUCGACGGAUACGUGUGCACGAAGAACGUCGCAACGAAGCGCAUGGCCGGCCUGCUCCCGAUGCGGAGCGCGCGCCUGCUGCUCGUCGCGUUUCCCAUCGAGUACCACCGCAACGCAAACCAGCUCAUGUCGCUCGACUCGAUCAUGGCGCAGGAGCGCGAGUUUCUGCGCAUCCUCGUGGCGCGCAUUUGCGCGCAGCGACCGAAUGUGGUCCUUGCCGAAAAGUCGGUAUCGCACAUCGCGCUCGAGCUGUUUGAGGAGGCCGGUGUCGUCGUGUUCUGCCGCAUGAAGCGCUCGUCGAUCGAUGCUAUUGCGCACUGCACGCAGGCCGACGUCAUUACAUCGAUUGACCGGCUGGCGCUCGAGCCGCGCCUCGGGCGGUGUGCCAGUGUGUCGAUCGACACGUACCAGCACGCCGAGGCGCCCGAGCGGCGCAAGCCGCUCCUGCGCAUUGAAGUCGCCUCGAAGGAGGUCGGCAGCGCGCUGAUCCUGCGCGGUGCGCGCUUGGGGAAGCUGCGGCGCAUCAAGGCGAUCCUCGCGCUCAUGGUGUUUGUCGGCUACAACCUCAAGCUCGAGGAGUAUGCGCGGCGCGAUAUGGGCGCGGUGCUCGACUGGUCCGUGAUCAACAUCCAGUCGCAGGCGGAGGCUUCGAGCGCGCUGCCUGACGACGAGGAAGAGAUGCACCAGCGGAUCAUCCUCGAUGAGACGCUGAAAAAGUUCCAGCGCCUGCUGCUCAGCGCGUCGAUCUCGGUGGUGCUGCCGCCCCCGUACCUCGUGACGCGCAUGAAGGAGGUCACGGACCGGCUGCACACGCUGCGCAAGAUGGACGUGGCGCCGGACACGUACACGUACACGGCCGAGUACCGCGUGCCCGGCCUGGAGCCGCGUGUCCUGACGCUGUGUGCCCCGCAUUCGUACCGCGCCGAAGCGGAGCGCGCGCAGCUCGAGGCUGAGCACGAGGCGAUCCGCACCUGCUGGCACGCGAUGCUGACGCCGUUCGCCCACCAACGGCUCGUCACGCUCGCGAGCACGACGUGUGCCGCGACGCAGCAGGUGUGCCGUGGCCCCGCGUUCCAGACAUUCGAGUUCUACGGCCCCGACGACGAGCCGCUCGGACUCGUUCUCGAGCGUCUGUGUGCAGAGAGUGCGCUCAAGUGCGGCGCGCGCGGCUGUGAGAGCGCGAAUCUCGUGCACUACACGACGAUGGUGCACAAUACCAUGUGCAUUCAGAUGGUCGUGGAGCGAUUUGCAUGUCCCUUGCCCGGUGACGAGGAUGAGCUGCUGUGCUGGAGCUACUGCAAGCGGUGCGAGGCCACCACGCCCGUGACGCGCGUGAGUGACGAGGCGUGGUCGCUGAGCUUUGCCAAGUUCCUCGAGCUGCAAUGCUACCCGAAUGCGUCGUGCCACUCGUCCAUGUGUAGCCACGACUACUACCGCGACAAUGUGCGCUACUUUGCGCUGCACCAUCUCGCGAUCCGCUUCCAUGCCGACCCCAUUGAGCCGUGGGACGUCGUCGUUCCGCCGACCCGCCCGGUCAUGAAUGCGGAGCUCAUGUGCGACACACUGAACUACGAGAUGAUCAGCCUGUUUGAGAAGAAUGCGCGGUACUGGCGCUCGGUGUGUGAGCGUCUCGCGGCUCUGCAGCACGAGCUCGAGACACGCUCGAUCUACGCGGAGGGCGCUCUCGCGCGUGUGCGUGUGCAGGCCGAGUCGCUCCUCGCGCAGCUCGCGCAGGCCGCACGCAGCGACUGCGCCGAGGUGGAACAGCACAUCCACGACACGUACUUCCACGCGGACCGGCACAUGCUGCGCGUGAACGAGGCGCGCCGCUUCCUCCAGGACAAGGUCGUGGAGUGGGACGGUGCCUUUGUCGACUUUGAAAAGCGCUCUACGAUCAGCGAGCGCGAGCUCCGGCGUAUUACGGCGCUACAUGCCAAGCGCUCCGGGCGCGAUAUCGACGAUGCCGCAUCGGCUGAUACCGAGCCGCUCGAUACACUGAGUGAGAAGCGCGUCCUGGAACUCUCGUCCCUCCUGGACCUGUGGGGCUCGGACCGCGACAAGGUCCGCGACGAGACGCCGCGCCUCGAAGACGCGGGGCGCGCAGGUGUGCCGGAGGAGAGGGGGCACGGUGCUCACGAGCGAACCGUGACGCCUGAGCCGAGCAAGGCGGAGCGCUCAAGCCCGGGCAUGGAAGCGCCGUCCAAGCCGAAGAUGGAGACACGUCCGCCGCCAGAGGCCGAGCCACCCUCCAGGCCGAGCGAGUCCCCGAAAAAGCGUGGCGUGGCGCCACCUGAAGCGAAAGAGGCGCAUCUCGAGGCAAGAGAGGCCCUGCCAGAGGCAAAAGCAGCACAGCCCAAGCCGAGCGAAGCUCACGCACAGGCCGUGACUCAUACCGGCACGCGCCUCUUCAUGCCGAACCCUGUUCACGGUGUGCCUGUGCGCCCACCGAUGCUCGAGGCGGCGCAGCCGGCCUCUGUGCUAUCGCGUCCGCCGUCCACACAGCGCUCGCCGUCGCCAGUGACUAGUGUACCGCGGAUGCUCACGCGGGAUGUCCUCCUGGAGGCCAAGGCGGCGCUCAAGCCCCUCAGUCUGCGGCCCCCGUCGUCGCCAGAGCGGCGACGCACGCCAGGCGAGCGCGACGUGUAUCCCGGCAGCAUGCGCCUUACACGCCCUCCGAACCAGGCGCUCACGCCGUUCGCGGCGCCCCGCGGCGAACACCGCUCCAAGAGCAAGCGGCGCGAAGGGUCGAUGCGCUCCCAGGUGUCGAUGCUGGCACAGCAGUACGACCAGAUGACGCGCGAAGCGGAGCGUGAGAAGAUGGCCGCGCGUGUGCGGCGUGCGCGGCCUGUGACGACGGCGCAUGCGACGGUCGAGGUGUUCAAGAACCUGCGUGAUGCUGUGCGGGGUGACGAGAGCGAUGACGAAGAGACCAAGCACCUGGAGCACAGCAGUGCGGUGCGGCGCGGUGCGGCAUGGCUAGGCGAGGCGCAAGCGGUGCGCCAUUCGUACCUGGAAAUGCCGCGUACGAUCGAGGCACCAGAGCCGGCCCCCGAGACACCACACACCGUCGAGGUGCCUGUGCCGGCCGACACGUCCGAGACGGGCUCGCUGUGUCUGUCGGGUGGCACGGAUCUCGCUGUGUCCGUGCCGUCGGAUGUGGGGCGCGCCGACGUCGACGAUGCGGUGGCGGCGGCGCGUGCUGCCCCCGCCGACGCCGAGGGACUCCCGGAGCGCACGCGCCUGUUCCACCUGCUGGAAGCGACGUGGACGAUGCAUGUGGGUGAGCUGCUGGCUCUCGAGUAUCCGUUCCUGUCGACGGACCACGUGUUUUCUGAUGCGCGUGUGGUCGUUCGGGAGGAUGAGCCGAGCUCGAUUAUUGCGUUCACGCUCGACUCGCGCAGCUACCGCGAGCAGAUUGGCGACCUGCGGCGACAGCGCACGGGCCAUGAAGCGCCGGACUAUGUGCAGGAGCUGCGCAGCACGGAAGGCUCGCACUACCUGUACGAGUUUGACACGGACUCGGUGAAGCUGUGGUGCAAGAUCUUCUUUGCCGAGCAGUUCGAUGCACUGCGGCACAUGUGUGGGUGCGAUGCGCAGCUGGUGCAGUCCCUCUCGCGGUGCGUCAAGUGGGACUCGCAGGGCGGCAAGUCCGGCUCAGCGUUCCUCAAGACGCGCGACGACCGCUUUGUGGUGAAGCAGCUCUCGCGCACGGAGCUGGAUGGGUUCAGCAAGUUUGCGCCGCAGUACUUUGCGUACCUGGCCGACUGCAAGGCGCAGGCGCGGCCGACGACGCUGACCAAGAUCUUUGGGUACUUCCGCAUUGGGUUCAAGAACACGCACACGGGCAAGGGCCUCAAGAUGGACUUUGUCGUGAUGGAAAAUCUGCUGUACGGGCGGCAUGUCGACAAGAUCUUCGACCUCAAGGGUAGCACGCGGCACCGCCUCGUGCACGAGACGGGGCGCCCCCACGAAGUGCUGCUGGAUGAGAACCUGCUGCAUUAUGCACAGACGUCGCCGGUGCUGGUGCGGGAGCACUCGAAGCGGAUCCUGCGGGCGGCGCUGUACAACGACACGCUCUUCCUGACCGAGAUGAAUGUGAUGGACUACUCGCUCAUUGUGGCGCUCGAUGCGACGCGCGGCGAGAUGGUCAUGGGCAUCAUCGACUACCUGCGCACCUACACAUGGGACAAGCGUGUGGAGAGCUUUGUCAAGGAGACGGCGAUCCUCGGCGGCGGCGGGCGCGGCGAGCCCACGAUCAUCACGCCGCGGCAGUACCGCAUGCGCUUCCUCACGUUCCUCGACCGCCACAUCCUUAUGGCGCCUGACCCGUGGAUGCAGCCUGGCUGGAUUCAGUAG